AUGGAAUCACUCAACCAAUUCACCGAGCUAAACCCAUCUCUCAUUGAUAAUUCAGUCCUGAAUUACCAAAGGUACUUGCCGGACAACUUCUUCAGCAAUCAAACACAGGCAAUUCCAGGAGGAAACUUGCAGAGCUCAGUCUCAGUUGUUCAUCCCACUGUCACUGCUAAAACCGAGUUCCGUGAAAGCAAGAAGAGAAAAGCAUUUGAUGUAUUCAAAGGCAGUUCUGGGAAUCACUCGUCAUCUUCUCAGAAUUCGAGUAGAGGGAAAAGAGCGAAAGGUGCUGAGAAGGAGAUGGAGAAACCAAAAGAAGUAGUUCAUGUUAGGGCAAAAAGAGGUCAAGCUACAGAUAGUCACAGUUUGGCAGAAAGGGUUAGAAGAGGGAAAAUAAACGAGAGACUGAGAUGCUUGCAGGAUAUUGUUCCAGGGUGUUAUAAGACCAUGGGCAUGGCAGUAACUUUAGAUGCGAUAAUCAAUUAUGUCCAGUCCUUGCAGAACCAGAUUGAGUUUCUUUCAAUGAAGCUGACAGCAGCAAGCACAUAUUAUGACUUCAACUCUGAGUCAGAUGCCAUGGAGAGAAUGCAGAGGGAAAAGGCACAGGAAACAGAAGAGUUGGAAAGAUUGAUGAGAGAAGGAUAUGUUGGAGGGCUAGCUUGCUUCCACUCAUCAUCAUCAACAUGGGCCUCUUUGACUUAACCUAAUAUAUAUG